AUGUCGGCCAGCCGCCGCCCUGAUUCCAGCCGCUCCUGGCGAGAGACGGCUUUACUCCGCCCGCCCACACGGGAUCGCGACACUGGCCGCAGCCGUGGCUUUGGCUUCGUCCGCUUCACGCAGGAAUCCGAUGCUGAAGCCGCCAUUCACCCCCGGCGUCACAACCGGUUGGACAACCAGGUUAUGGGAAGGCCGUUGAGCCACCCAGUGAGCCCGUCCGGGCUGGCAAACCACGAGGAAGAAAAGGAGAUUCCUACUAAGAAGAAGUCCAAGCCAUCCUCCAAACUCUCAAAGGCCAACAACGCUGGCCAAAGGAACCGCGCCAACGCCGCCACUGUUCCCUCACUCACCGUCUCAAACGACGCCAGCGCCAACCAAAACAGCGCCAACAAGGCCUCGCCAACGAUCCCAUCUACAAGCGCUGCGUCGGCCCUCCUGGGCGAGGACCCUUGCAUCCAGCACGCAGCCACAGUCGAACAUGGCAACGCCAUUUGGCCUGCCGGCCAUUCAUUGGUCACCCUGCUUCGCGCUGCCUGCGCGCCCCAAGCCUUGAUUGUUGAAUACCCGGCCGAGGAGGCCAUGGCCCGCGACUACCUACUGGGCAACGACGACCGCCCGAACCUCUUCCUGUCUAUCACUCUCUGGCUCGAGGGCCACAACAGCGCCCGCCUGGGCACCUACAGCCUGUGGCGUAGCCGCGUCCUCCCUGGCCAGCCCGGCCCUGUCGGCGGCUUCUUGGGCAACGGCACUGAGUACGCGCCUAAGUGUCUCGUCCGCAACGAGCGCUUCACGGCUCCUGGCGGCAAUGCGGAUGCUGGCGACGGCGAGAUCUUCUUCUCGUUUGCGGACCUCGCGCCCAGGUGCCAUGACUGGAUCAGGUCGCAGCCGGUCUGCGACGCGCGCAAGCACGAGGUCCGGGUCAAGACGACCCCGUGCCCCGCGGCGCCUCCGCUGCGCGCCAACAUCGAGGAGCAGAUCAAGACCGCCGAUACCCUCGACGAUAUCACCCGUCUCGAGAAGCUGCUGAACGAAGGCAAGAUCCUCCCCUCCGGGGCCCAAGCCUAG